AUGGUGGAGGACUUAGCAGACUCCUAUAUUGCUCUAAAAUUGGAGAAUGAAAUUCCACAUGCUCAAGUGCAGUGGCUGAUGGAAGAAAAUGCUGCCUUCCAGGCCCAGAUCCCAGAGCUCUAGAAGUCCUAAGGAGCCAAGGAGGAUGACCUACUCCAAAAGUCCUCAGAGGCCCAGGAGCCCCAGAACCCCCUAAAGCACCUGAAUUUCCCAGCAGAGGAGGUCCAAAAGACCCCAGAGCUCAAAGAGCCCCAGAAGCUUUCAGAGCUACAGGAGCUUCCACCCUGGGAUCCCCCAGCAGCCUGGGAGUUCCAGGAGGCCCCAGCAGGCCCAGAGUCCCUGGAGCCCCCAGCAACCCAGAAGUCCCAGAAACCUCCAAUGGCCCAUGAGAUCCCAGCAGUAUUAGAGGUCCAGGGGCCUGCAGACAGCCAGGAUGCCACAUCAGCCCAUGAGCUCAAGAAUUCAGAAACUCAGGAUCCCCUAAAUGUUGAGAAGCCCCAGGAGGCAUCAGAAUACCAGGAGACUGCAGCACAGCUAGAGUUCCUUGAGUUUCCACUUCCCCAGGAGCCUCUGGAGCCUUCAAAUGCCCAGAAAUUCCUAGAACUCUCAGCAGUCCAGGAGUCCCUGGAGGGUCUAAUAGUUGUGGAUACAUUAGCAGCUUCAGAGUUUCCACAGGCCCCCACUGGGUUCGAGGCUGCAGCUUUCUCCCUGGAACGCCAUUUAACCUUCAAUGAAGAUUCUCAGAAGCUUUCUGAGUUCCUUGUUAAAUUGAAUAGUAGUUACAUGAGAGUCAGAGGGCACGUAUAUCCCACUGAAGCAGCCCUGGUGAACUUUGUUGGCAACUGCUUCUCAGGUAAGGGAGGAUGUUAGUUCCAGCCCUUACCAGAUAUCCAAAGGCCCUUACCAGAGCAAUUUGAAAGUUUCAUACAUGUGCUCCAGGAUACUUUUGAUAAUCCAGAAAACAUGGAAGAUGCCAACCACUGGAUCUGUCAACUCUGCCAAGGGGAGGGUCAUGUAACAACCCACUUCCACCCAAUUGCUCAAGAGCUGAACUGGGAUGAAAGUACUCUCUGCAUCCAAUUUCAAGAAGGGCUUGUCAGUUCUAUACGAGAUGAACUGUCUCACACAAGUCCAGCCACCAACCUAUCUGAUCUCCUCACUCAGUGCAUCAGCCUAGAAGAGAAGCCUGAUCCCAAUCCAUUAAGGAAAAGCUCCUCUGAAGAGGAAGAUGGGCCUGAGAGUCCACCAGCUGAAAACUAUCCUAUGCAGGCUACAAUCAACUGCCCACACCUCAGUGAAGCUGAAUUGGCCCGUUGGUGCAAAGGCCACUUAUGCCUCUACUGCGGUUAUCCUGGUCAUUUUGCCAGAGAUUGUCCUGUCAAGCCUCAUCAAGCCCUGCAGGUGGGAAACAUUGAGGCCUGCUAG